ACUCUCUUGGUUGUUAAGACAUGUUCUUUUGUCAAGUGACCGCAGCACAUGUAUUACCAAGCAGAUCAUUCCACAUUACGAGCGAAUCCGUGUCAGUGGAAGAUGUUUGUCUGUUGGUAUGAAAGAACUCCAUGCUGCAGACUCGACAUUGCAGACCCAAGAAUGAGUCUUUAAAUGUAGUUUUACAGAUAUAUGCCUUGUUUCAGUUAUAGUUUCAUUUGAGCAUGUGGUUUUGUAUUCAAGAGUUAUUUUGGUGCCUUUGUGGAAACAGUUAAUCAACAAAAUAGAGGGAACAUGGCUGGGCAUAUCCAGUUUCCAAUCAACAUGUACUCCUUUUGUUCCUUCUACUUUGGGGGAGCGUGUUUUUGCUCUAUGAAUUAUUUUUUUUAAUGUUUUGGGGGGCAGGGGGUGGCGGGGUUAGGGGCUCCAUGCACACCAUGCAGUUCACUCAGUCCCUCACAUUUUCGCUGACACACAGCUUGCCUGUAUCAGCCUGCCCUGCUUGCGGUGGAACCCUCGGAGGCCUACGUCAUACAUCAAAGCUGGCAUCUGCCUCCAUGUUCUUUUUUAUGGUCCCCUUGUCUCCGGCCUGUUUGAAAAGCAUGUAUCUGCAGGGUUUGGUGGGCUGUAAACAGCGAGUCUGUUUGUUGAAUAGGCUGUUUUAAUAGAUUUUUUUUUUUGAUUUUUUUUUGUUUGUUUUUUAAACGCAGACAAUCAUUGGAACAGAAACAAAUGUUUCACGACAGUCGUGACAAUCAGUGACAAUUGUGACAGUCGUGAUCAGACGCAGAGGUUGCCCACAUGGGGAAGGCAUCUGGUCAAACAAACUUACACUGAUGAGGUGACAGAUGAAGAGGUCUGGUUUUCCCACCACAGAUUCCUAUCUACCAUUUCAGACAACGAAGAGCCUGGAGCCGCUCGCCACAAUUGCAGAUCAAGGCAGCGGGAGGGGUCCCUCACACGGCUGUAUUUAUUUAUGGAUGUCCGUUACACCACAUGUGUGCACGAACACCCAUGAGUCUCAAGUGAUAAGGGAUAACAUGUUUUGUGUCACUCUCCGCGGGGCUAGGCGACCACAUUUGAAUCUGAGCAACAACGGCUACAAAUAGCGCAUGUGCGCCCAGCGAUUCUCGAAUCCACUCAUGCCUGGAAACAAUUCGAGCAAUGUUACCUAACAAUUAAUGCAAAAAACCUCAGCUCAUUUUUACAGGGUUCCGUGCCAAACCAGUGCGGGGAGGGGUUGUCAGUACGCAAAUAAACAAAAUAUCCUUUCCCUCUGCAUUUGCGCUGGCUCUGCCCAUGUUAUUUUUUCAGUUUCAUGCUGGAGGCCCUUCAGCCAAUACCACUCUCUGAUGAGCUGCGAAUGGACUAAUAAAUGCUAAUCCUUGGCAGGAUGUGUCAAGUCAGUCUGCCUUCCAGACCCCUAACUUCUCUUUUUUUUUUUUUGCCUGUUCCUCUCACUGUUCUUUGCAGGGCCCUUUCCUCUGUGGUGGCCCUGGGUGCCAAUAUCAUCUGCAAUAAGAUCCCUGGGCUGGCGCCUCGCCAGCGGGCCAUCUGCCAGAGCCGCCCGGACGCCAUCAUCGUCAUUGGGGAGGGCGCGCAGCUGGGCAUCAACGAGUGUCAGUACCAGUUCCGCUAUGGCCGCUGGAACUGCUCGGCUCUGGGGGAGCGGACCGUCUUUGGGCAGGAGCUUCGAGUAGGCAGUAGGGAGGCGGCGUUCACCUAUGCCAUCACGGCGGCCGGCGUGGCCCACGCCAUCACGGCGGCCUGCAGCCAGGGCAACCUGAGCCACUGCGGCUGCGACCGGGAGAAGCAGGGCUACUACAACCAGGAGGAGGGCUGGAAGUGGGGUGGCUGCUCGGCCGACAUCAAGUACGGCAUCGAUUUCUCCCGCCGCUUCGUGGACGCCCGUGAGAUAAAAAAAAACGCCCGGAGGCUAAUGAACCUGCACAAUAACGAGGCGGGAAGAAAGGUCCUGGAGGAGCGGAUGAAGCUGGAGUGUAAGUGCCACGGUGUGUCGGGCUCGUGCACCACCAAGACCUGCUGGACCACGCUGCCCAAGUUCCGCGAGAUCGGCUACAUCCUGAAGGACAAGUACAACAAGGCGGUCCACGUGGAGGUGGUCCGAGCCAGCCGGUUGCGACAGCCCACCUUCCUCAAAGUGAAGAAGACCCAGGGCUUCCGCAAGCCCAUAGAGACCGACCUGGUCUACAUUGAGCGCUCGCCCAACUACUGCGAGAAGGAUGCCAAGACGGGUAGCGUGGGCACCCAGGGGCGCCUGUGCAACCGCACCUCGCCGCACACAGACGGCUGUGACCUCAUGUGCUGCGGCCGAGGGUACAACACGCACCAGUACACCAAAGUGUGGCAAUGCAACUGUAAGUUCCAGUGGUGCUGCUUUGUCAAGUGCAACACGUGCAGUGAGAGGACGGAGGUGUUCACCUGUAAAUAAGGGACGGGGAAACGAAGCUCAAGCAUGGAGGAAGAAGAGGGGGGAAGAUUGGACAGACAGCUUAGGGAAAAACCCAUAGUGAGAGGAAGAGAGAGAGAAAGAGUGAGUGGGAGUGAGAGAGCGAGAGAGAGAGAGAGAGAGAGAAAGAGAAAGAAAGAGUGAGAGAGAUGGUUUUGGACCAGUGGAGAGGAAAUGGAAUGGAAUCACACUAUCAGCUCUUCAUGGCAUCAUUUUGCACAGCAGAAUCUAUAUUUGCUUGAACACAAAGUAAAGGCUAAAUAUCACUAGGUACAACCCCAGCUCUUGACUGAGUUAAGAAUAUUGGGUGCUCAUGCACUGAUGUAUCCACACUGACUGGAAGUUAAGACUGCAGGAUACUAAUCAUGCCCUGGAUGGGGACUGUGCAUUGCACUGAGGACAAGACCGGGUGACUCGUGGGAUGUGGAAAGUGAUGGGAAUUUGCUCUGAGCGACUGAGAAAAAAGGGUUUCAAAUGUUCUGUUCACAGCUUUUAAGUCUCAAACUCUUGGGUUUCAAGAAGGGGACAGCAGAGAUAUAAAGGUACAAUGGCAAAAAAAAAAAAUACUGGCAUCUUGACUGUGCCGAAAUGAAGACCGCUGUGGAGUGCAGUGCCUACGGGAGCACUGGAAGCUGAAAUGGGGAAGUCUCUACCGUAAGCCUUCUACUGCCAACUGGAAAAAUGGUGGAGUAUGUUAGUCGUCCAGUCACACUGGAACUGUCUGUUUGAACACUGAAAAUAAAUUGUUUAUUUAUGUAAUAGUAUCUUAAAACAAAGCACUAACGGGUAGAAAUGUCUUAUUUUGUACUAAGUGUAAAAGAGAGAGAAAAAAAAGUUUUUAGAAACUCUGACUGAAGGUGCGUGUCUUUUAGAAAAAAAAAUCCCACCAUUUCCCAACCAAAAAAAGCCCUUGAUUUCCAAAAUGGUUUCCGUGGUUUCACUUCUGGUGUGUGUUGACUUCAGAAAUCAACUCAUAGGACAGUAUAUUUCUCAUUUACAUGGGUUCUAUUUUUCUCUAGCGUAGCUUUUGUUUGCAGUCAGAUAUGCACUAUGAUUCCUGUUCCCGGUUAUUAUGCAUUUCCAGACAUAGUCAAGGAGAAGACAACUUUCUUAAGCUGCAAAAAAAUCCUCAAAAACAAACAAAAAAGAAAUCCUUCCUCGAUUCAUUAAACGUGACAUUAAUAUGUUGCUGGAUAUGUUGUCGAGUACUGCACUGAUAUUUUUUUUUCUCUUCAGAUACAACUCAAAUGAAACUAAAUAAAUAUCAAUUUGUCUGA